UAAAUAUGUCAAAAAAGUCCAAUGUGGUUAUUUUAAUAAACAAAUAUUAGUAAAUUGAUGUAAUUUAAAUUGUAUUAAGCUCGAAAAUGAACGAAAACGACGGAAAAGAGUUCGCUGAGCUUGGCAUAAAGCCAUGGCUAAUAAAACAGCUUUUUAGUCUUGGUAUAAGAAGUCCUACCCCGAUCCAAAAAGGUUGUAUACAACAAAUACUGGCUGGCGAUGACUGCAUUGGCGCAGCUAAAACUGGUUCGGGCAAAACAUUUGCUUUUGCGCUUCCGAUACUGCAACACUUGGCUGAAGACCCCUACGGCAUCUUCGCGUUGGUACUUACUCCGACACAUGAGUUGGCUUAUCAGAUAGGAGACCAAUUCAGCAUCUUAGGCCAGCCUCUAAAACUCAGAGUGUGUAUAGUAACAGGAGGAUCAGACCAGUUGGAGGAGUCUCUGAAGCUUAGCAAGCGGCCACACAUUGUGGUUGCCAUGCCAGGCCGUCUCGCUGACCAUAUAACUGGUUGUGAUACUUUCAACCUUAAGAAGAUCAAGUAUUUAGUACUCGAUGAGGCUGACAGGUUGUUCAGCGAGUCAUUCCAAGAUGAUUUGGAGACCAUUUUCAAUGCUCUACCGGCGCAGAGACAGAACUUACUGUUCUCAGCCACCAUCACUGAUGAUGUUAAGGAAUCUAAACUCCUGCCGCUUAAGAAAGAUAAGCUCCUAACCUGGUCAGAAACAGACACACAGUUGACGGUCACCACGCUAGACCAGAGAUACGUGGUGUGUCCGGCGUACGCGCGCGACGUGUACCUCGUGCAGACACUGCGCAAGUACCGCGAGACCAAGCCCAGCAGUCACAUUAUAGUGUUCACUGACACUAAGAAAGAAUGUCAAGUCCUAUCAAUGAUGUUGAACGCGAUAUCUAUGGACAACGUAUGCUUGCACGGUUUUAUGAGGCAGAAGGAGCGAGUGGCAGCCCUGACUCAGUUCAGGAGCAACUUGAAGUGUACCCUGGUGGCUACGAACGUAGCGGCGAGGGGUCUAGACAUACCUACUGUUGAUCUGGUUGUAAAUCACAAGCUGCCGUUAGAACCGAAGGAAUAUAUUCACAGAGUGGGUCGAACAGCUCGUGCGGGUCGGACCGGCAUGGCUAUAUCAUUGAUCACGCCGUACGAUAUCCUACGACUUGGAGAAAUAGAAGAAGCUAUCAAGACCAAGCUUACGGAGUACAAAAUUGACGAUGACGAAGCUGUAAAGAUCUUCACGACGGUCUCAGUGACGCGGCGUGAGCAGGAAGCACAGUUAGACAACGAGGAGUUUGAGCAGAGGAAGAGAAGUUACCGCAUCAAGCGGUGGAUACAGGCUGGCGUCGAUCCUGACAUGAUGGAACAGGGACUAGAAGAAAUGCGUCGGAAACGAAUAAAAGCCGCUAAAAAGGCGAAAUUAGCGAAAAUCAAACAAGUUCAAGCUGACAUCAAGGAUCAAGCAUCACAGAACGAAGAUCGUCUUCAUCAUCCAGGGUCGGAAGACAUCGAUACGACCAUCAAACAGGAGCUGAAGAAAGUCAACAAAAGUCUUAUGAAGAAGGACGAUCGGUUUAAAGAUGUCAUAGGUAAGAUCACUAAGAUCAAACGGAAGGCUGAUCAUGUGAAACAAAAGAGUGAGAAGGAAAGUAAUGAAAAGAAUAAGAAAGUUAAAGGUAGUGUUAAGUAAUAAAUGUUUUUUUUUUAAC